AUGAGGCGCCACGUUGACAAGCAGAGGUUUAGAUUGGCCUGAUUGGCCAAUCCUUGACGCUUGAUCUAUCCGUUACAAACCGUCGAGGCUGCCGAGAGGCGACGGCGCCAAAAAGUCAACCAUGACGACAGCCAGAGCUACGCCAUCGGACCUCUCACUCCGGAUCGUAUCCGCUUCCAGCUCCGCUCUCUCCUCCGAUUCCAGACUUCCCGUGAGUUCAUCUCCGAUCACCGUCGACCGACGCGGAAGCAAUCGCCUUCCACCUCCAAUCAAGAUCUCCCGCAGAGAUGCCGCUCUACUCCCCUUCGUCGCGCUCGUCCCGCUCCUUGCACCGCCGCCUCCCGCCGCAGCUUUCUCCGUCGGCAUUUCAGGACCGAAGGACUGGCUGAAAGAGCAGAAGAGGAAGGCGGCGAAGUACCUGCUGGCGCCUAUCGAUGCCUCCAGAGAGAAUCUCCGCUCCGUGUAUCUGGCACUCACAGCUGGGGGAUCUGAUCUCACAGUCGUCGAUUUAGGGGAAGUUCAAAAGCUUCUGGUUUCUUCUGCUAGAGAUUGCGUUCCACGAGAGAGGAAUUCGUUUGUGGUGUUCCAGGCCAAUACUGGAGUAGAGGUUUGCACGUUCACUUUGAUUCUGAAGAAUGCUGCUUCAUUGCUUGAUAAAAACGAUCCUGUCAAGCUGGAGGGUGAAGCCAUAUUGAAUAAUCUCAUAAGUUCGUUCGCUUCUCUGAGCGGUGUCAUAAAUGGAAUGGAUAUUCAACUCUCUUCUGACAGAUUGAAGGUUGCUGAUGCAGUGAUGGAUACUUUGUCGUCGUUGGACAAGUUUGAGCAGGGAGUGAAGGAUUGCCUUGAAGCUUGA